UCACAGUACUUUUCAGAAAUCAAUGACGAGGACUUUAGAGAUAUCGUAAUCACAGAUGUCGAUUUUGGCGUGAUAGAUGACAGAGGCGUUGCAUAUAACAAUCAAAAUCCAGCAGUCUUUACAGGGGUUAUUGAAAUUGAGGAGGUAAUGUCUGAAGAAAGACCACGGGCCAACGGGCAGCCAAUUGUGCUGCGAGACGUCCCCACCGUCACGAUUGAAACAGAAUUUAGGCAGCCGGUACAGCAUAUGCAGUCAAGAGAUGAAAACGCUGGGCACCCCUCGGCUACCCUACAAAUGACUGCCGAGAUUGAGCCUGCAGCAUCCACAGAAAACGGUCAGGAGCCUAUCCAGGCCCUCGCUGAUUCAGAAGAAGAAGCAGAAGAAGCAGAAGGAGAGGAAGAAGCAGCAGAAGAAGCAGAAGUAGAUGGUGUAGUGGUUCUGAAAGCAGUUGAAGAUGGCAAUGAAGUGGAACUUAAUCUUUCUGAAAUCCUUGCCCUCGAAAGAGCAUCUGAGCAGCAGCGGGAAAUAGUUGAACAGAACAUUACAGAGACCAUCUCUCUGCAAACUCAAACUCAGGACGCGGAGAUUGAACCUGAACCUGUCGCCAGGACCACGCGUCCCACUGUACGAUUCAGAGGACGGAGGGGUAUUCAUCGAGUGAGAUAUGUCAGGGAGAGGCCUGAACCCGGUCCAGAGCUGUUCAAAGUGGAGGAUGCCGUGACUUAUUACCGCAAGGGCAGCACUACAAAGAGUCGCCUAAGAGUGGUCUGGCUGGCUGGCUGGCUGGCCGUCAUCGGCUGA